CCCAGGCUUGGGCCAUGGCCACAGAUGUAGUGGAGCCUGUGGUCCCUGACUGCAGGGGAGAUGUGAGGAGUGGAGCCAGGUCAGACGCCGACUAUCCUCUUCGGGUUCUCUACUGUGGAGUUUGCUCAUUGCCCACAGAGUACUGUGAGUACAUGCCUGAUGUGACUAAAUGCAGACAAUGGUUAGAAAAGAAUUUUCCAGAUGAGUUUGCAAAACUCACAGUAGAAAAUUCACCUAAACAGGAAGCUGGGGUUGGAGAAGGCCAAGGAACUGCAGGAGAAGAAGAAGAGAAGAAGAAGCAAAAGAGAGGUGGAAGAGGACAGAUAAAACAGAAAAAGAAGACUGUACCACAGAAAGUAACAAUAGCUAAAAUUCCUAGAGCAAAGAAAAAAUACGUCACAAGAGUAUGUGGCCUUGCAACGUUUGAAAUCGAUCUUAAGGAAGCACAAAGGUUUUUUGCUCAGAAGUUUUCCUGCGGUGCCUCAGUAACGGGAGAAGAUGAAAUCAUCAUUCAGGGGGAUUUUACAGAUGACAUCAUCGACGUCAUCCAGGAGAAGUGGCCUGAG